AGUGCAGCCGCUGGACCGCAGCUCCUCCUCUCUUCCUGCUUUCUUCCUGCUCCUCCCCCUGCCUGGGGAGCACAAAAAGCUGAUUGUAAGCAAAUUCCUGGCCUAGCACUGGGCAGAAAUGGCUGUAAGCAGCGGAGGUCUCGGCAGGGCCGUGGGCGCCUCUCUCCGCCCAGGGUGGAGACGAGCUCACUGGGAAGCGAGGGGACGCCUGAAGCCUGAGUACGACGCGGUGGUGAUAGGAGCAGGACACAAUGGGCUGGUGGCUGCGGCGUACCUGCAGAGACUGGGGGUGAACACGGCAGUUUUCGAGAGACGCCACGUGAUCGGGGGUGCAGCUGUCACCGAGGAGAUCAUCCCAGGGUUUAAGUUCUCCCGAGCGUCCUACCUCCUCAGCCUGCUGAGGCCGCAGAUUUACACCGACCUGGAGCUGAAGAAACACGGGCUGAGGCUUCAUCUUCGAAACCCCCACUCCUUCACCCCGAUGCUGGAAGAGGGUGUAGGGAGCAAGACACCCAGGUCUCUUCUGCUGGGCACAGACAUGGCAGAAAACCAGAAGCAAAUCGCCCAGUUCUCACGGAAGGAUGCCCAGGCCUUUCCCAAAUAUGAGGCGUUCAUGAAUCGCUUGGCAUUAGCCAUUGAUCCUCUGCUGGACGCAGCCCCCGUGGACAUGGAGGCCCUCCUGCGGGGCUCCCUGCUACAAAGGCUCAGGUCGCUCUCCACCCUCAAACCCCUGUUGCAGGCAGGCCGCAUCCUGGGGGCCCAGCUGCCCCAGUGCUACCAGGUCCUCACAGCUCCAAUCACCAAGGUGCUGGAUCAGUGGUUUGAGUCGGAGCCUCUAAAAGCCACUCUGGCAACAGAUGCUGUGAUUGGCGCCAUGGCAAGUCCCCACACUCCGGGGAGUGGGUACGUGCUGCUACAUCAUGUGAUGGGGGGCCUGGAGGAGAUGCAGGGAGCCUGGGGCUACGUCCAGGGUGGCAUGGGCGCCCUCUCUGAUGCCAUCGCAAGCUCAGCCACUGCGCAUGGAGCAAGUAUCUUCACUGAAAAGACAGUGGCCAAGGUGCAGGUGAGCAGUGGAGGGCAUGUGCAAGGAGUCGUGCUACAAGAUGGCUCCGAGGUGAGGAGCAGAGUGGUGCUGUCCAACGCGUCACCGCAGAUCACCUUCCUGAAGCUGACGCCCCAGGAGUGGCUUCCUGAGGAGUUCGUGCAAAGAAUCUCCCAGCUAGACACCCAGUCCCCUGUUACCAAGAUCAAUGUGGCUGUGGACAGGCUGCCUGACUUCCUGGCAGCCCCCAAUGCUCCCAGCGGCCAGCCGCUGCCCCAUCACCAGUGCUCCAUCCACCUGAACUGUGAAAACACCCUCCUCCUCCAUCAGGCCUUUGAAGAUGCCAUGGGUGGCCUGCCUUCCCGCAGGCCUGUGAUUGAGCUCUGCAUCCCUUCCUCGCUGGACCCCACCCUGGCUCCCCCCGGCUGCCAUGUCAUCUCCCUCUUCACUCAGUACACUCCCUACACCCUGGCUGGAGGCAAGGUCUGGGACCAGCAGGAGCGGAACGCCUAUGCAGACAGAGUGUUCGAUUGCCUCGAGGCCUACGCCCCCAGCUUCAAGAGCUCCGUGGUGGGCAGAGACAUCCUCACUCCGCCUGACCUGGAGAGAAUCUUUGGGCUUCCUGGCGGGAACAUCUUCCACUGCGCCAUGGUCCUGGACCAGCUCUACUUCGCCCGCCCCGUGCCCCUGCACUCCAGCUACCGCUGCCCUCUCCGGGGCCUGUAUCUCUGCGGAAGUGGGGCCCAUCCUGGAGGAGGUGUCAUGGGAGCCGCUGGACGCAAUGCAGCCCACAUGGUCUUCAGGGACCUCAAGAGCAUGUGACCCUGAACCACCUCUGACCCAGGAAGAAGAAUUCACCUUUGCAAUUUUAAGUCCCCAUUGGGUCAACUUCCCAGGCUGUGGCUGGAGGCAGAUGUCCUCAAGCUCCAGCCGCUAUUUUAGAAGAAACGUACAUGAUGCAUGCGGUAAUAGUUAACCUUGUGCCCAUGACUUCAGGAAUGAACUGAUUUUGUUUUAUUCAAAACAAUAUUUUAUAUA